AUGUUCCAGGAAGUAAAUCAUAGUAAAAUAUAUUGUAGUGAAGAUACAGAAAAAAUAAAUAUUGAAAAUAAUUGUGAAAGUAUUAUUGAUGAAGAUAUGUGGUAUGAUAUUGAUCAAUUUCAACUCGAUCACUUAAAUGAAGUCCUUCAACGCCUCUCUGAAGGAACUCUUGAUGAUGAAAUAUGGGGAAAAUUAAUUAUAAUGGAAAAAAAUAGGAGGAUUGCUAAGGCAUACCUUAGAAAGACAACAAUUAUUGUUGAUGGUGGUGAUGAAGAAUUUGAUGGAAUGACUAUUGGUUUUAAUUAUUUUUCUAAUCCAGAUCGUGAUCAUCAAACUUCUGAAUUAAGAAAAAAAAUUGGUGAUGGUGUUAUAAUAAAAAUGGAUUCACAGGGAAAUAUAAAAGCUAUGGCUAGAGGGGCAGCACCAGUUAUUGUACAAAAUUGGAAAAAUAAUAAAAAACAUUGUAUUGGGGAGAAAUUAUUACGUUUACAGGGAAAACUUAUUACAAAAAGAGGUAUAGAUAUGAGUGAUGAUGAUAGAAUAUUUAAAGUUUUUGAUAUGAAAAAAUUUAAAAUAUCUCUUGAAAGAGAUUCUUUUGAAACAGAAGAAGAUGUUAAAAAUAUUUUAUUAAAAACUUGUCUUAGAGUGGCAUUAGUUAAGGAUGGUCAACCUGAUGAUCCAAUGGAAACUCCAUGUUGGUUUAUGCUUAUUAAUUUAGUUGCUCUAGAUAUGAUAAAAACAAAGAUGCCUCAUAUAGCUGAUUUAAAUUGCAUGUAUGGAGAAUUAGGAUGUCCCUCUAUUAUACCAUCUAUUAAAAGAUCAGCAUUAAAAGAACAAAUAGAAAGUUCUAAUAUUUUAUCUAAUAGUAAAAGAAGAAGUCAAUCAUACUAUGAAAUUUUAAGUGAUGAUGGAAAAAAACAUAAUUUAAAAAUGUCUUCAAAUUAUGAAAUUAGUAGAAGAAAGGGUAAAAGAAAUCAUUCUUCAUCAGAUGAUUCAGAGGAAUCAAAUACAGAAGUUAAUCCAAGAUAUAAUCAUAAUGUUAUUAAUAGUAGAUUUUUAAAGCCAUAUUCGGGUUCAAUUACAGAUUCUUCCAGUGGUUUUGCCUCUGGUACAGAUAAAAGAAGUUUUAGUAGUGAUAAAAGAAGUUGUUCAGAUUUAACUAAAAGUGUUGAUGAUCUUAAAAUAAGUCAUAAUGAUAAUAAACAACAUUUAAAUCCAGGAAUAAAAAUACCUGGAUUAAGACCAAAAUUAGAUAAAACUUUAUUUGAUCCUCCAUACUCUUCAAAAAAAAAUAAUGGAUUAAUAAGAAAACGAAGUAGUUUACAGGAUAAUGAUCGUGAAAGAAGAAGAGAAUAUAGAAAUUCAUGUAAUAUGGAAGAAAUAUAUGAUGAGUGUAGUCAAAGUUCAAGAGAAAUAGAUAAUACUAUGUAUGUAGAUAAAGAAAAAUAUUUAAAUGAAACAUAUACUAAUAGUUUUCCUGAAGCUUCAAGAAUUGAUGAUGAAGGUAAGGAUUUUGAUAUAAAAGAAGCUUUGAAAAAUGUAGAUGAAAGUUUUAAUUAUCUCCAAACUGGAGAUUAUUAUAGUGAUACUAAUGAGAUUGAAGAAAAUAAUUGGAGAGAAAGUAUUCUCUCUUUAAAUAAUAAUAAUGAAGGUAAAAAAAAUGAUGAUGAUGAUGAUGAUUCUGAUGAUACAUUUUCAUCACAAUCACCAUUACCUCAUUCCGACAAUUUACACCUUCUAGAUCGUUAUCGGGGAAUUAGGAAACCAAUAACUAAAUAUAAUAAUUAUCUUCAAACAAUUGAUAGAGUUAGAAGUAAAUCUUCUAAAAAUACUAAUAAUGGUAAAAGUGAUGUAUUAUUUAAUAGAUCUGAAACAAUCAAAAUUAAUUCUAUUUCCAGUUCUUCUCCAUUAGAGAUAGUUGAUGUAUCUUGCCAAUUCUUUAAAUCCCAAGAACAAGAAUAUACUUUAAUUGUUUGGAAAGAAUGGCAUUAUAUUAAAGAUAAACUAUAUAGUAGUUUUAAAAUUCCUUCAAUCUCUAUUGUUAAUGUUGAAUAUGAUUUUGUUAAAAAUACAUCACUAACUUCUAUUAGUUUUGAUAAAGGGAUACCAAAUUAUGAAAAUGAAUAUACUACCAUCAAAAAAUUGGAUCUUCAACCUCAAAGACAAUCCAUCACUUGCCUACAAAUUACAGAUACCUACAACAAACCGGAAAGUUGGAAGAGCAACAUCAAUCAAGUAUCAACAAUUCAAUUAUCAGGAGAACCUUCCAAGACGACGAUCCACAACAAUUCACUAUCAUCCAACAUCCUACAAUCAGGAAAGGAGACCACAAUACUCCAGAUCUCCGACAGCCCACCACCAACACUGGGAACAAGUAUAUCAGAAAACCAACAACAACAGGAAUUCAGGAGAAGUAUACCAGUCACAAGCAGAGUUAUCAAACCAACAGAUAUCCAAAAGAAGGAACAUCAAUCAAUGGAACUCAACAGAACACCUCCCAACUCCGUUACUUCAGCCAGGAGACUCUCCAAGGAAAGCAGUGGAAAUGUCAGUCAAACUACAAGUUUACAGGAACAGAAACAGUCCCAUCAGACCAACAAUUCAAGAACAACAAUCAACCAUUUCGAAGAGAAUCCAGUCACCUCAACAGCCAUAUCAAUCAGAGCUUGCCAAAAUUCUCCAACAAGUCAGAACCAAUCUACGACAAUCCUCCAAUCCAAACAUCAGAAUCCCAACAUCAACUACCGACAAUACCAGGCAACACCACAGGGACAAUAUGGACAGCAUCUCAACCAAUUCAAUCACCCACUCCAGACAGCUGUCCAGUGGGAGCAGCACCAGCCAGAGCGAAUUUACAUGGAAAGAAACGGGAUACGGAACAUGGCAGAGAAGGACUACCAACAAAGGAGAGCCAGGAGUCACUCAAGAACAAUUCAAACACGGCAACCAGAUCAAUCAAGUCACUUUUCGAGGAAUACGAAUCGAAAACCGACAGGAUUGGAAAAAUUACUCCACCAUGCCAGAACUUUCAGCAAAUCAUCAAACCAUGGAUCCAAGAAUGGAAAAAAUUCAACUCAGAGAACAGACAAGAGACAUCCAAUACAACAACCAAUAUACUCAACACUUCCAAGACCAUUGGACGAAACAAAAGUUUGGAUACAAAAACAUGUCAACCCAACAGAGAGAAUUCAAGUAGGUCCAGGAAGUCAUUAUCAUCAACCAUUUCCAAUACAUCCUCCACCUCCAUUACCACAACAACUGGGAAACGAGAUCAUAUACCAAACAUUACCAAUUUAUCAUCAACAGGAAGUAUAUUAUUGUUCUCCAAGGGAAAUGAUGCGGAGAGAGAAAAAACAGGGAGAGGAAAUAUAUAUGAGGACACAACCAAUGAAUGGACCAAUAAUGAGAAGACGACUGGAGGAAGGGAAAAACAAUUCUUAUAUGAGAGAGACACACUUGAAUCAAAGCGCUCCAUCAACACCCUCAUUAAUAUAUUCGAGGAAUCAUCAAUACCCACAAGUACCAAACCAUGCAAACGGACCAAUGAUAAACGGGAUGGACAAAAUAUAUCAGAGAAAUUAUGUUCAACUGAGGUCACCAUCAAUGGGAAGAAUAAUUCCAAACAUGGAUCUAUCGAAAGAGGAAAUGAUUUAUGGAAGCAGAAGUCAAAUUAUAAAAGGAUAUUGGGAGAAUCCACCUCCAAGAUAUCAUCAUGUGGAGUAG